UCUACUCUACUCAUUCCUGAAAUUGGAAUUUAUCAUUAAAAAAUGAAAAAAAAAUUAGUACUCCUAUAGACGAAGAUGGGCAGCGAUCGCCACUCCUCCUCCGGCGGUAAUCGUAAAUUGGAUUGCUGGAUUUUCACAUUUCAUAAAAUCAAGGAUGGCCGCAGCUUCCAUCUCUCACAACCCUCUCACCGCUUUCAAUUCUGUCCGCCGCUCUAAUCUAUUCCCAUCUUUCCCGCCGCUUUCCUCUUCUUCAAUAAAUAGAAGAAGAAGGGAUUAUUGUGCUUGCGUCGCUCCGCCUCAAAAUUACCAGCCUGCAAACUUUAAGGGUGCUCACAUCGACGGGGAGGAUGAGGAUGGGUCAGAUGUGCUCAUUGAAUGCCGAGAUGUCUACAAAUCCUUUGGGGAAAAGCACAUACUAAGAGGUGUGAGCUUUAAGAUUAGGCAUGGAGAGGCUGUCGGAAUUAUUGGGCCAUCUGGGACUGGAAAGUCAACCAUCUUGAAGAUUAUGGCCGGGCUUCUUGCUCCAGACAAGGGUGAGGUAUUGAUUCGCGGGAGAAGACGGCACGGGUUGAUCAGUGAUGAGGAACUAUCUGGCCUAAGAAUUGGCUUGGUUUUUCAGAGUGCAGCACUUUUUGAUUCUCUCACUGUUCGUGAAAAUGUCGGGUUUCUGUUAUAUGAAAAUUCAACUAUGCCAGCGGAUAAAAUUGCCGAACUCGGCACCGAGACUCUAGCUGCUGUGGGCCUAAAGGGAGUUGAAGAUCGAUUACCUUCUGAAUUGUCUGGUGGGAUGAAAAAGAGAGUUGCCCUUGCUCGUUCCAUCAUUUUUUAUACAACAAAGCAUGCGAUUGAACCCGAGGUGCUCCUAUAUGACGAGCCAACAGCUGGUCUGGAUCCAAUUGCAUCAACUGUUGUUGAAGAUCUCAUUCGCUCGGUUCAUAUGAAAGGUGAGGAUGCACUUGGGAAGCCUGGGAAGAUUGCAUCCUAUGUGGUAGUCACUCAUCAACAUAGCACAAUCAAAAGAGCUGUUGAUAGGCUGUUGUUUUUGUACGAAGGAAGGGCUGUUUGGCAAGGAACGACUCAUGAAUUCUCUUCCUCAACAAAUCCAAUUGUUCGACAGGUAAAUGUCAUUUCUUUCUAUGUGCAUAUUUUCCUUGUGCUACUAUCAUGUGAUUUUAUCUGUGGGGAUGCAAUGAAAGAGUCAAAUUUUUUCCAGUAUGUUUAGGAUCCAAAAUGCAAAUGAGUAAUUAUUAUGAAUCAUGAUCAUCUGAGGUUUCCAUAUGAACUUUUUCUAGUGUUUAGAGUUGUUAAUAUUUAUAUUUUCCCUUCUCAAACUCUAAUUUGUGGUUUAAUAAUGAUUCUCAUAUAUGAAUUGUGGUUUCAGUUUGCAUCUGGGAGCUUGGAUGGGCCAAUUAGGUAUUAGGCAUGUGAUAGUGUUUAUUUCUGGGGUAUUAUGUUUCUCAUUUUAUUUUGUAAUUUCAGCAUGUUAUUUUACUUUGUAUGCUGGGUGUAGCAUCCAAUCCCAUUUUAAAAUAUUUUGAUGCUAUUUUUAAUGUUCUGUUAACACGUGAGGAAUAAUAAUAGCAUCGAUUGCAUAGUGUGUUAUAGAAUCUAA